CUGACCUGCACUGAAGGAGCAGAAACACCAGAGCAUUGGACUUAACAUUGGAAUUAAUCCAGUUCUGAUGGAGACCUUGCGUUUGAACUGAAACACUUAGAUACACCAGAUUUAGAUUAUUUUCUGACAUUUUCUUUUAGAGGACAUCUUUAAAGAAGGCUAAAUAAUGCAGGCUAUCAGAGACCUCAAGCACAAUUUCAGCCUCCCUCCUCCUCCAUCCAUGCCCGGAGCCGGUGAUUCCUACCAUCAAGGCAACAUCCGAAUGACUCUGGAGGAUCCCGAGCUGUGGAGAUCCUUCCAUGAGAUCGGCACUGAGAUGAUCAUCACCAAACCUGGCAGAAGGAUGUUUCCACACUGCAAAAUCAGCUUGUCUGGACUGGUGCCGUAUGCAAAGUACAUCUUACUGGUGGACAUGGUACCAGAAGACGGUCUGAGAUAUAAGUGGAAUAAGGAUAAGUGGGAGGUUGCAGGUAAAGCUGAGCCCCAGCCGCCCUACAGGACGUACCUGCACCCGGAUUCACCAGCGCCCGGCAGCCACUGGAUGAAGCAGCCCGUGUCCUUCCUCAAGCUGAAGCUCACCAAUAACGCACUGGACCAGCAUGGACAUAUUAUCCUUCACUCUAUGCACCGCUACCAUCCACGUUUCCACAUUGUUCAGGCUGAUGAUCUGUACAGCGUCCGCUGGAGCGUCUUCCAAACCUUUACCUUCCCCGAGACCUCCUUUACUGCCGUCACUGCCUACCAGAACACUAAAAUUACAAAGCUGAAAAUUGACCACAAUCCCUUUGCCAAAGGAUUUAGAGAUGAGGGAACAAACUCUAAAAGGCGGGCAAACAGAAAUCUGCCUGAUCCCGAGCGAGUUGCAAAGAAAAUGUCGAAAGAGUCUGAACAUGGAAGCCCACGAGAUGUCCAGCCGUCAUCGUGUGAAGCUCUGGAUGAUGAGCAUGCGGGCCGUAAAGAGCUGGAGGUGAAGGCUGAGCGAUACUCCCCAUGGGGCGGAGCUUGCGACCGGGACAGCGGACACGCUCUCCGUCCAGAGUCCCCACUGGGAUCAGACCAUCGAGACGUGUACAGCUCCGAGCAGCUCGUUCCAGGACAGAACACAUACCAGCCGUACAGAUUUCACGAAUACGGCAAAUCCCCGUCUCCAUCUUCAUCUUCCAGCGUUGGCGGCAGCAGUGCAUGUGGAAGCGCGGGACGUCCCAGCUUUGAGUCCCGAGUCUUGGACGUGGCCACCGUGCCCGACACAGACAGCUCCAGCAAGCCCUCCUCCGCUCCAGAGUUCAGCCUCCCUCCGCAUCCCUCUGCAGGACACCAGGAGUACGCUGGAGUGCUAAACAUGGCCAUCACCCAGGCCAAACCAGGCAUGCUGGGAACUCAUCCGCUUUACAGCCACUACAGCACAGAACAGUCUCUGGGGCAGUGGAGCGGGGCAGCAGCAUCCCAAUACCCGCCUCCACCUCCGCCCCAUCAUCACCUUCCCACCGAAUACAGCAGCCAAGCUGUCCAUCAUGGCUAUCACCAUGGAAACGUUGGCGAUUGGAGCCAGUAUCCGCUUUUCUCAUACUCGUGCUGGUGAGCCGGACACCGAUUGAGAGACCAUUUUGAGGAUGCUUAUUUUUAAUUUUCUGCACGAUGAGGUCUGGAUGGUUUCUCAUGACCUGUAAAAUGGCACACGAAGUCGCCCGGUACUGAGUGUACCAAAAGUGAACACAAACUGUGAGAGGACGCACUAACUACACUUGCAAGAAGUAUCCUAAUUUUCUGACUGAGUUUCUAGUCUAAAUAUUGAUUAACUGUUAAAUUAAAUUGACAAGACAAAAAUAAAAAUGUUUUAGGAAAUCAUGAGUGAAAAUUGAGAGUUUUUAUUUAUAACUAGCUAAAUAUUUGGAUAGUGGGGUUAGUAAAAUAAUAUAGUUACACUUAUUAUUUAGAGUAAAAAUAUGCAUUUUAAUUUAAUCUUUUAUCCAUAUUUAGAUUUAUGUUUUAAUGUAAAAUUAAUCUGCCAGUGCAGAUUUAAAAACAAAAAAGUAUUUCAAUCUAAUAACGUAUUUUUAUUAUUAUUUUUACAUAAAUUAUUAUGUUAUUAUAGAUAAAUAAUUAUUAAAAUAAUUUAAUUUAUAAUAAAUAAAUAUUAUGUUAUUAUAAGUUUAAAAUUCAGUUUUUCCAUAUUUUAAAAUGAAACGAUAUUAAUUCACUAACACCACUGGCAGAUUAUUUAAGUAGUUUUAAAUUAAAAACUCACUAUUUUCACUUGCUAUUUCUGGACUUUCGUCUAAAAAAAAAGUGCAUGUUUGAUUAAAAAAUGUAUCGAUAUUUAGACUUAAAAACUCUCAAAAAAUAUAAAGAAAAAUUAAAAGUAAAAAAUGUGCUUAUUUUUUCAUUAUUAUCAAAUCACAAGGGGUUUUCCUUAAAACUAUCAACAAAACAACCCCACUUAAUUUCGCUUUUUAUUUAGUGAAAAAAAAAGCAUUUUAAUUUAAGAUUUUAUGGAUACUUAGAUUUAUGUUUUUUUAUGUCAAAAUCUGCCAGUGCAGUUUAAAA